AUGGACGAGUGCUUUGUCGGGAAGGAGGAUGACCUGAAGCGGCUUGUAUUGCUAGUAGCUGAUGACGAAGAAGUGCAUCUGGUUGUCUCAGUGUGGGGGAUGGGUGGUAUAGGCAAGACGGCCAUUCAAUGCCAGGUCCGAUCGGUUUUGGAGGGCGUGCUGAAGCAGCUGAAUCCGAAGAGGAAGGAAGGGGUGUGGAGUCUGAAUGUGGAGGAGAUGAUCGAGCAGCUGUGUGAGAUACAAAGGUGUAAGCGAUGCCUGGUUGUUUUGGACGAUGUUUGGGAGAUUAGUGAUUGGGAGGAGUUGAAGCGUGCCUUUUAUGUCCGAGAUGUGUGGAGCAAGAUCUUGGUGACGACGAGGAAAAGGGAUGUAGCGGAGAUUGGAUUUCCGGUUGAAGUUGAGCUUCUGAAUGUGGACGAUGGCUGGGAACACUCCAGUACUAAAAUAUUUAUAACGGAAUCUGUCAAAAAAACUGGGAAAGAAAUGGUAGGGAAAUGCGGCAAUUUGCCGCUAGCAAUUUGUUUACUUGGUGGGAUGUUGAGAAAGAAAAACUCAUUAAGGGAUUGGGAGUCAGUAAAUGAAAAAUUCAAUGUAGUUCUCUAUAGCGGCCACGACAAAAGGGACAAUGAGAUUGAUGGAGUGGUAAAUUUUAGCUAUCAAAAUCUACCUUAUUAUUUGAAACCAUGCUUUCUCUACUUGGGUAUAUUCAAAGAGGACGAAAGCAUAGAUGUUACUCAUGUAUAUGGGAUGUGGAUAGCACAAGGCAUGAUUUCGAAUGAGAGUAUUCGACAAAAGGAUGAAACUUUAAUGGAUGUCGCCGAGCUCUACUUAAGCGAGCUAGCCUCGACGUCCCUUGUCCAAGUUGGAACAACUGAUGAUUAUCUUUCACCCACAAGAAAAUUUGAUACAUGCAAACUUCAUGACGUAGUAAGGGAACUAUGUUUAAAAAUAGGGGAAAAUGAGGGCUUUGGUGUGGAGAAUUCAGAGUUUAAAGAUGGGAGUUUUAGUACCAUACCACGAGUUGCACGACAUAUGUCGAUCUAUUUCAAAAAUAAACACAACCGUCUUAUAAACUCUGAUCGUAGAGAAGAACACCUUAGCAAACAUUUAAGAUCUCUUCGAAUACUCAAUGGUGUAACAUGGGAUGCCAUUGAAUUUGGUGUUAUUGAAUUUCCACCACAAAGUAUAGUUGAUUUCAAGAAAUACAAAUUUCUAAGGGAGCUAGUUAUUGAGUCGUUCAAAUUUGAAGGAGGGAAGUUACCAAAAGGAAUCACGGAUCUUCUUCUCCUUCGAUGUAUUCGUUUGCAACAUUGUGUUCUUGAUAAGCUACCGUCGUCUAUAAGAAAUUUGGUCUACUUAGAUACCAUUGAUUUAGUUGGGUCAUGGAACGUUCGAGUACCAAAUGUUUUGAAUGAGUUGUUUCGAUUGAAACACUUGUUCCUCCCUCCGUAUGAGAAGGACCACAAGAUUGUAAAUCAUCGGUUGAGAUUGGACGAGGGUGUAGCUGAGUUGGAGAGCCUGGUAGGGUUCAACAGCACUGUCCAUGAGUUAAAAUGUGCUACAACAAUCAAGAAUCCCAGGGUUUUUUCAGCAGAAAUACACGACAACGAAAGCUUGAAAGUUAUUCUCAACGCCAUCGCUACAAGCUGGAACAAGCUACAGAUAUGUGUGGUUGAGAUUGAAGAGGGCUGCCGGCUAAAAGGUGAGGAAGAGCUGAUGGAGAUAUUGCUUACAUGUCCCAAUCUUUAUUACUUGAGAAUAUCUGUUGAGACGGAACAAGGCAUACCGGUAAGUAGCGACUUCAUUAGGUCAAGGCUUGUGCGGUUGCACUUGUUGAGCUCUGGGAUUGAGCAUGAUCCGAUGGGGAUAUUGGGAAAGCUUCCUUGCUUGAUCGAGUUUGAUAAUUGUCCGGAUUUGGAGAUGGUUCCGGAUGGAUUGAGAUGGAUUCGUAGUCUUAAAAGAGUCACGGUUUUUAACAUGCCAGGGUUGGGAAAGAGGGUAUUGGAAUCAGGAGAGGAUUUCCAUAAAAUUAGCCAUGUCCCUUCGAUUAAUGUCAUCCGUGACUAG